AUGAGAGGAUACCGAGGAAUCAAGUACACGCUGUUCGUCUGCUGCUACGUCUUCUGGGUGGUUAGCUCCGCCCUCAUCGCCGUGGGGAUCUACGCCAAGAUCGCCAAGGAGAAAGAUGUGGUGGACACUCUCACAGCAGACCCAGCUCUGCUCCUGAUCGUGGUCGGCUCUGUGACGUUCCUCAUCACGUUCCUCGGGUGUUGUGGGUCCCUGCGUAACGCCACCUGUCUGCUGAAGACGUUCCUGGGGAUCCUGGUGGUCAUCCUGCUCCUGCAGAUCGCCGCUGGAGUCGUGGGAUACAGCUUCACUGACAUGGUGAUGGAGAGGACAGAGCGGCUGAUGAUGAAGGCCAUCGUCAGGUACAGGGAGGACCGGGACCUGGAGAACGCCAUCGACUUCAUCCAGAAGAAGUUUCAGUGCUGUGGCGUGGAGGGCUACGCGGACUGGUCCCGCAACGUCUACUUCGAGUGUUCGGACUCCAACCCCAGUCUGGAGGCCUGUGGCGUUCCUUUCUCCUGCUGCAUCCUCCUGCAGAACCAGACGGUGCUGAACACCAUGUGUGGUUACGAGAAGCAGAAGGAGGAGGAGCCUGUUGCCGCUCUGGACGUUUUCACCAUCGGCUGUUUGGAGAAAAUCAUCUGGUGGACCAAGAAAAACCUGCUGCUGGUGGCCGGUCUGACUGCUGGUCUGCUGCUGCUCGAGGUCUGCAUGAUCGGUCUUGCUGCUGCUCAGACCUCCUGGAUCAAGAGAGCCCGAGGGCGGCAGAGAGAGAGCGCAGCGAGGAGCCGCUCGGAGAGGAAGGAGAGUCUCUGGUUUCCUGCGUUUGCAAACUUCGACGAGGACGAGUAG